UGGAGCUGUGAAUUUCACACUCUAGUCCUGCUCCUUCCCCUCCUUCCAGAUCUUAGCUUAGGUGAACAGCUGGAGGGGAGGAGCAGGAACUGUAGGGCUCUGGUGCCCUGAUGUUGGAGAGGUGUAUGUGGAAGGGGGCAGCCGGGAUGUCUGCAGGCCCCAGUAGGCUCCAGUGUUCUAGGAGUUCUGCUGGAGGGUUACCACUGCAUGGGUUCUGUCUUGUCGGCAGGGGGUGCUAAGAUCCAUGGGUAUAGCUGUAAGACAGGAGUGGAGAACCUUUUUUGGGUCAGAGACCGCACAUGAGAGAAGCAAAUCAACAACAAAAAAAAAAACCACACUGCACGCUCACAUACACACUCAUUGUUGUGAUAUCCUGAAGAACAUCAUCAAAGACUACAAAGGUGUUUACUCAGAGAUCAUUAAGCGAGCCAGCAGGACCCUCCAGCAGGUCACCAUGGUUUUUGGGCUGCAGCUGGUGGAGAUAGACACUAAACAUCACAUCUACAUCCUGGUCAGCAAUCUGCCACGCCUGGAAGGGGAGGAUUUGAAGCAGGAUGAUUCCACAGCAAAGCUGGGCCUCCUCACAGUCAUCCUCAGCUUCCUCUUCAUGAAGGGCAAUGCUGCUAAAGAAUCUGCUGUGUGGGAGAUGUUGAGGAGACUGCGAAUUGACCCCGGAAUGAGACACGAAGUCUUUGGGGAUGUCAAGAAGCUGGUGACUGAGGAAUUUGUUCGCCAAAAGUACCUGGAGUACAAUCGCAUACCCCACACAGACCCCCCUGAGUUUGAGUUUCAGUGGGGCGCACGGGCUGCCAAGGAGACCUCCAAGAUGCAGAUUUUGCGCUUCGUUGCUAAGAUCCAGAGCAAGGACCCUGAGGCCUGGAGCACCCAGUAUAAUGAGGCGGCAGCUGAGGUGACGGCUACAGGGGGCCUGUUCCAAGACACUAGGCCUCUUGGAGACACUGGGGGAGCUAGCCAGGGAGCACGGAGGCGGAACCGCUCUGCACAUAGCCAGCCAGAAAGACCCGUGUCUUAACUCAUCAAGAACAGCUCGGAUGGACUGGAGCCCCAAGCUGGGAGAGCACAAUAGAGUUGGAAACUGAAAAGCCUACUCAACAGAUGAAAACAAGCAAGAGCAGUUGAAUUUGUGGGACAUUUACAAAUAAUCUAAUUUGACAUCUCUGCUGGGAACAAACACAGCCAGCAACAGAGAAGAUCCUGAAAUACAGGGAACACAUGUCUCUGUUCCAGAAGAGGGUGCUUCAGCCAUAGUGGUGAAGCCAUCCUGGAUCCAGUUCUCAUUGACUGUGAGGGGGCUCAGUGACAAUGAGUGCCCUACAGAAGCUCAGACCAGUGAGUAUGAGCUAGAGGGGUUUCGGCACUCUAAGGCUAUGUCUAGACUGCAAUCUUCUUUUGGAAGAAACUCUUCUGGAAGAGAGCUUCCAAAAAACUUCUUCCGAAAGAAAGCAUCCACACUGCCAAAGUGCAUCGAACAAGCGAUCUGCUUUUUUGAAAGAUAGCAUCCAGACCAAAUGGAUGCUAUCUCACAUAUAAACUGUGAUUACUAUGGGCGGAAUGGCCACCAGGGCACCUAUGCUUUUUCCACUUUCCUCUUCUUGGAAAAGAAUACCCUCUUCCCCGUCCACACACGCCUUUUUCCAAAAGAGCUCUUUUGGAAAAAGUCUUCUUUCUCAGAAGGAGGUUUACCAAUGUCAGAAAAACCCCUCUGUUCUUUCAAUUUUAUUUCGAAAACAUGAUUGCAGUGUGGACGUAAUUGAAGGUUUUUUUUGGAAAAAUGGCUGUUUUUCUGGGGGGGGGGGGGACACCUGUAGACAUACCCUAAGAGAUGAAAGGGAGAAGGGGGUGUCAAUGAAUGCAGCAGUUAAGAGGUAACAGCUAUCAGGCAAUCUAGUAGUCGGGUGCAGCGGGAAGGAGUAUUAUAAUGCCCCAGUGUGUGGAACAUGGCUGGGAAACUAGAGACUAUAAUUCAGGAGCAAGCGACUCUGUUUCCUCUGCAAAAGGAGACAGACAAGAAUCAGGCUAUGUGGUCUCAGGAGGGACUGUCUCAAAGAUUCAAGGAGCCUGCAGAGAAGACAGACUGGUUGUUGCAGACAGAAAGGGAGGGAGUGAGAUUUUCUGAGUCCCCAGAAGCCUUUAACUACAUUGUGGCAUAAUCAAUGAAAUGUCCAUUUGUCCUGGAGCAGAAAGUGCAAAAGGAAGAAAGUAGGACUUGCAAUCAGUGGCUAUAGUCUCAGUGAGUAGGGAAGGAUUUUCACAGGGGAAAGAGCGUGUUGGAGAGAAGACAAGGGAUACGAAUAUCUAAAGAAGCUAUGUAAAAGAAAGUGAAUUAAAGAAAAUUGAGUAUAGGUUCCAAAGCAAUGGGGCAUGGGAGAGAUUCUGUUAAUGAAGUGAGAGCCUCAAAAAAAUCUCCCCUUUGUAGUCCAGGGAGCCCUUAGCAUCAUCUGGAAAGGCCACAUCUAACUGCCUCAGAAUGACAUUGUGUCUGCCAAUAUACUCCUGUCAUUAUCAGUAUCUAAAAGGUAUCAAGUAAGAAAAAUUAUCUACAUAGAUCAUAAAUAAAGCCCUCAAGCCGGGGGGGGGGGGGAGGAGAAAAGAGGAGACCACUUAGCACUCAUCAUAGGGAAUGGAGCCUGCACCCCAGGAACCCUUCUGGCUCUUGACAUAGAGACAACAGACUGUCCAAUACAAGCAGACAGAAGGCUAUUUGGCUUCCAUGAAUAAAGGGGGAGCAACACCCUUUGAACUCAUGUCAAGUGAACCUUUUUGGCCUAAAAACCAAGAGUAGCUGGAACUGAUUAUAGCUGAGAAACCUGAUUAGCCAAAGACUGUAACUAUCUUCACUAAAAAGUGUAUUGUUUCUCCUGUAACUGUACCUGUGUUCUAGUCUAUCUUACUAUCAUUUAAAUCUCUGGUCUUUGUUAAUAAACAUUGUUUUAUUACAAAAA